AACGCACAAGUCAGUUGAUUUAAGUAAGUUGGAAAAGCCAUACCGUUGGAGUAGUAAUUCAAAAGAAACAAUGGAAUUUAAAGAAAAAGAACAAUUUAUUGAAGAAAAUAAUAAGACUUCUAUCACAAAAUCAAAGAAACCAAAAGAACAAUGGGGAAAUGAAAUUGAAUUCUUAUUUUCGUGUAUUUCGCUAUCGGUUGGACUUGGUAAUAUUUGGAGGUUUCCUUAUGUUGCCUUUCAAAAUGGUGGUGGAGCCUUCGUUAUUCCAUAUUUAAUUGUACUGUUAAUUAUUGGAAGACCAGUGUAUUAUCUUGAGAUAUUAAUUGGACAAUUUUCGGGAAGAGGAGUUGUGAAAGCAUUUGCUUUUGCACCUAUAUUAAAAGGGGUAGCAGCUGGGCAAAUUUUAGCCACUGGAGCUUCAAUAACCUACUACUCGAGUAUUAUGGCUCUUACAUUUCGUUUUCUGAUUGCAUCGUUUUCAAGUGUUUUGCCAUGGAGUUACUGUCGAGAAGAAUGGGGAAACAAGUGCUUAAAUGGAUCCGAUACUAUCUCAAACUUAACCAGGAUGUCAUCAGCUGAAUUGUACUUUCAAAAAGAGAUUCUACAAGAAAAGGACUCAAUUAUGGAUGGAAUAGGCUAUCCAAAUGUAGAACUAGUGGCUUGUUUGGCAUUUGCUUGGAUAAUAAUUGGAAUGGUUUUAAUUCGGGGAGUCAAGAGUUCCGGUAAGGUUUCUUACUUCCUAGGAGUAUUCCCAUAUGUGGUUUUGCUUGUUCUUCUCUUGCGUGCAGCCACAUUACCUGGAGCAAUGGAUGGAAUAAUUUACUUUUUCAAACCGCAAUGGAAAGAGCUAUUAAAUCCUCUUGUUUGGUAUGCAGCAGUUACACAAGUCUUCUUUUCGCUAGCCAUUUGCUUUGGAACAUUGAUAACCUAUGCUUCAUACAAUAAUUUUAACAGAAACGUAUCAAGAGACAUCAUUAUAAUAACAACCAUGGACUCAUGCUCGUCACUAAUAGCUGGCUGUAUUACAUUUGGCAUCCUUGGAAAUCUUGCUUAUCAGACGGGAACCAAUGAUAUCGCCUCAGUGGUUAAAGGCGGUGCUGGGCUUGCUUUCAUCUCAUACCCCGAUGCUAUUUCGAAAUUUGAGCUCAUGCCACAGGCCUUCGCAGUUCUUUUCUUUUUGAUGUUGUUCGUUCUGGGCAUUGGAAGUACCGUUGGCAUGGGUUCGUGCAUUAUAAGGGUAAUUCGCGAUCAGUUUUGUAGACUGCCGAAUUGGCUAGUUGCUUUAUCCUUGGCAGUGGUUGGAUUUAGUAUAAGCAUCAUUUACACAACCCCUGGUGGACAAUUUAUUUUAAAUCUUGUGGACUUUUAUGGUGUGUCCUUGCCAGCUCUUGUUUUGGCUAUUGGAGAGCUUUUAGCCGUUGCCUGGGUGUAUGGGGUCAAGCGUUUCUGCGAAGAUAUACACUUUAUGGUUGGACAAAAGACUGGAAUAUAUUGGCGUCUAUGCUGGGGUGUGAUUACACCGGGCCUAAUGUUGUCUGUGCUUAUUUAUACACUGCUUGUAUUCAAGCCUAUAACAUAUAAGGAUGUCGAUUAUCCUUUUGCUGCCCACGUAUUUGGAUGGAUGUUGUGCAUGCUAGGACUAAUACAAAUUCCAGCAUGGGCUUUUUAUGCACUACUCAAACAAUCAAAAGACAAGCUGCCAUUAAGAAAGAAAAUUGCUAAGGUACUUAGACCUGAGACAACAUGGGGGCCUUUGGACACUGAAGUAUUUGAAGAGUAUAUAACCCACAGAAGAAAAAUCGAGUUCACAGAAUCUAGAAAAAAUCGCAAUUUUUUGAGGAAACUAUAUGAAAAUCUAUUUGCCUAAAUAAAUCAAAAAAAUUAAUGAAACAAGACUUAUUUAAAUAAAAAAUAUUCCAAAUUUAAUUAAAAUAUAAAA